GACGUACAAGGAAGUGUCCCGAUCAGACAGCAGCUGCAGCUAGCAGGCUAGCAGCGGCUCAGUGGGAGCAGACAGACAGACAGACAGGUGCGCAGGCAGACGGACGGACAGACAGUGCAGCUGUCUCUGUGGAUGGAAGUGUGGAGCUCAGCGAUGGGACCGGAGAGAGUCUUACCGAACUCUGAGGACGAGCUGGGGGAGGACGAGCGUCCGGCCGACGGAGCUCUGCUGCCCGUGUGGAGCGGGGGGGAGGGAGGGGGUGAGGAGGAGGAGGGGGGGGAGGAGGAGGGGGGAGAGAUGGAGCUGGAUGGAGAGGAGGAGGAAGAGGAGGAGGAGGAGGUGAACAGCGGAGGAUAUUAUUACCAGCCUCUGAACCAGGAGCCCGACGGUGUGAAUAGCGCCGAGCAGGUGGGGGAGGAGGGGGAGGAGACGGGGGACGCUCCCUCCCAUAACGAGCAGCUGCAACAGGUGCAGCACAGGAUAGAGGUGAUGGGUCUCCACCUCCCUGAUGCUCCGCCUGCAGACAGUGACGAGGAGGAAGACCCUGAGGGGGCGGCAGCCCUGAGGAGCCGAGCGUCCAUCCCCAUGGACGCAGACCACGUGGAGCUGGUGAAGAGGACGAUGGCGGCCGUGGCGUUGCCGUCUCUCGGUGUGCCGUCGUGGGCCAGAGAGAUCUCAGACGACCAGUGGAAGGACCUGGUCCAGAACACGCUGCAGAGCCGACAGAGUGCCGCCACCCUGCGCUUGCCACGUAAGGCCAACAUCAACGGACCCUGAACGCACCACGACUACGUCAACAACCUCUGCUGUCCCUGAACACCCCACUGCAGCUCUUGGACCCAUGACAACAACAGACAUUAUCGUACCACUGCAGCUGCAACAACCAAUACUGUCCCUGAACACACCACGAUAACAACAUCAAUGAACCCUUAAGGCAUCAUGACCAUGUCAACAAUCUCUACUGUCCUUGAACACACCACCACAGCUCCAACUACUUCAACACACCCAACAACACCAUGACAGUGGAUUGUGACAAACUGCCGCAGCUGCCACAACCUCUACUGACCCUGAAUGCACCAUGACAACUUAAACGGAGCCUGAAGUCACCAUGCCCAUGUCAACAACCUCUGCUGACCCUGAAUGCACCACCACAUUACUAACUUCUACUUACCCUGAAUUCACCAUGACAACAACGGACCAUGAACACACCUGUCACACCAAGAAUCCCUACUGACCCUGAAUGCAUCACUGCAGUUUCAAUGACAUUAACAGACCCUGAACACACCACGACCAUGUCAUCACCUUCACCUGGCCCUGAAUGCACCGCCACCGCUUCAAUAUCCAUGGACCCUGAAGGCACCAGGACCACUUCAGGGACCUGGUUGGAGGGCUGGGAAAGAACAGAAUGACUGUAAAUAUUCAGAGUUGAAUCAAAACAUCAGUUUGUUUUGUUCGAAGAUUUAAAGUGAAGCUGCUGAAACUGAAACGUCUUGUCUGUUUUUUAGUCUCAAUAAAUAUUCAAUUUGAACUUUCUGGCUGAUUAAUAAAAGAUUUAUUUUUUCUCCAUCAUAGUUUCACCUGCGGCAGAUGAGUGUCGACUCACUAAAUAAACCAACAACUUUCCCAUGAUCCUCGUGUUGAAUAAACGACUAAAGAAACCGUUGAAACGUUUCUGUUUUGGUGACGUCAAAGAAAUCUCAGAAUAAUAAACAUCAGAAUCAGACUGAUGAAGUCGACACGUAGAACAUCUGCACGUUCACCUUGUGCAUUAAAAUCACAUCUGGAAAAUUCAAACUCGAGUUCAGAUCGAAAUUCAGAUCUUUGACGGUCAGUUUCAGUUUCUGUCUUCAGAUCAGCUUCAAGUGAACUGACACAGAGACCACCUGAGUUCUGGUUCAGCUGAUCCUCCAGCUGACAGACCUCCACAUCAGGUCGUCUCUGUCACAUCAGGACUCAGCUGCAUUCAGCUGGAUUCAGGACCUGGCUGUAAACAUGUCAUCACAGUCUACAAGAGAAAACUGGAUCACAUUUAUUCAUAAGAAUAAAAAUCUGAAGCUAAAUUAAA